UGGCAAAGGGUUCUUUAUCUGGAUCAGCAGGCAGAAGGAAGGGAGAGUGAGCCACUGGGUCUGGCUUAAGCUUCUGAAACCUUAAAGCCCACCUGAAGUGACACCCUUGUAGAAAGUCCUCCAACAAGGCCACACCACCUAACAGUGCCACUCCCAGUGAACCUAGAAGGGCCAUUUUCAUGCAAACCACCACAGACACCCAGAAAUGCUUUUAACUGCCAUGUUACAUUUAGAUAAAACGUGGGCAAAGACCAAACAUUUCAAAACAAACUUUGACUAGCCAAACAUUUUAAGUGCUUCUUGUACUUGUUACUAAGAGCAGAUCAAUAGCUUCCUUGACUUAAGCAGAGCCUUGACAUUGGUGUAUUGGGCUUCAAGCUUAACGUCUGAAAACCCUCUAUCAUCUCUGUCUCUCAUCCUUCCCGUGCCUUACAUGACUUCCUCAGACCAUCACAAAUUUAAUGAGCUUUCUAGCUUUCUUUAUACGCCCUGGAAACAUCAACCACCUUAAUAUUCACACACAAAUCCUUUUUUACCAAAAUAUUUUCACUUCUAUAUCUAAUUUUUUUUACUUGUUUCUUUAAUACCACAAGACAUGAUCACAUUAACAAAGAAAUUUAUCAUUUGCUGUGAGAAUUUUCCUUGUAGGGGCAAGGGCCACUAAGCAAUGCCUGUUCCCACUGGCUCCUUCCCAUUAGCGUAUAGUACAGAUUCCCCACAGAUGCAAGGUGGAGCCCCGCUACCUCGUUUUCCUUAUAUGUACUCUAGUCCGCCUCCCUCAAAAAAGCCAACCAUGAGGCCACAUAAGGUUAGGGCAGAACUACAUCCAGCUGUGUACUCAAGUGAGGGUGCAGUGACUGUCCUUACUCUGUGAAAGAACAUCUAUAAUCAACCUCAGCUGUUGCCGCAACAUGGCAGGGGACACGUCUCUUCCAAGGGAGAGGAUCUGAACGCUCUCCGAGAUGCAUCUGAAAUCCUGCACAAACCGCACAUUAUUCUAGGGUCACAUGGAGGAACACCCAAACAAAGCCAAAGCAAACUCUACUCUUGGUCAAAAGGGAGCACUCAGAAAUGCAAGCACCCAGGCUGGGAAGGACAGUUGGUGUUUAUUUAAUGCAGGUGGUGACUGAGUCUUGUCCCCACUGGCUGGCCUGACCUCACAGAAGUUGUUGGUUAGCUAGUUGAAAAGAAUCAGAGCAAACGAAAUGAGGGGCACCAGGAGGAGGGCUGUCACACCACUUUACUUUGUGUAACAAAGGUUUUACCAGGUUGGGAAGGGAUUAAAACAUUCGAAUAAAAACCUUACAAGGUGGAGGUGGGAUUCAAAAAGACUGAACUCCUUGCCAUAAUCAUCAGUUUCACAGUGUUUGAUAGACCAGUAUCUAACAUUUCAUACCUCAUCCCUAUGCUGGCUAGGCUUCACUGCCUUUGAACACACGGUUGUGAAGCCACUGUUGUACUUACACAAUAAAUUAAUUCCAUGGUAGACUCUGGAUUGGUUUGUAUUUGAAAGACACGCUCCUGGUCAACACCAAUUUUACUCCAGGCAUCAGUGACCCUAGCAAGGGUAAGAGACACUGCACAAGCCUAAAAGCUUUGGAAGAUGUAAAAAUAUCCUAAGAUACAGAAAGACAGUCAAGGGUGACAGGGGACACACAUCUAAGCCUGGCACUCCGGAAGAGGAGGCAAACUAUUGCUGUGAGUUCCAGGGCAGCCUAGGAUACAAGGUGAAACACUGUUUCCAAUAAAUCAACCAAAAGAAGCAGCGUGGUGUUCAUCCACAUUCCCAGUCUAGAGAUUAAAGCGAGAAUCGGGAGUUCAAACUAUAAAUUUGGGGGCUGGAGAGAUAGCUCCAAGGUUGAGAGUGCUGGCUGCUCUUCCAGGGCACCUGGGUUCAAUUCCCAGCACCCACAGGGCAGCCCACAAGUGUCAAUAACUUCAUUCCAGGGGACCCGACACCCUCACACAGACAUACAUGCAGACAGAACAAUGCAUGGGAAAAUAAAUCGUUUUAAAAAUCAUAACCCUGAGGGUUGGGGAUUUAGCUCAGUGGUAGAGCACUUGCCUAGCAAGUGCAAGGCCCUGGGUUCGGUCCCCAGCUCCGAAAAAAAAAAAAAAGAAAAAAAAAUCAUAACCCUGGCUACAUACCAGCUUAGAGUCCAGACCUUAUCUCAAGACCUAAAAACUGUUUCAAGCUUAUACAGCCUAAUUAUGUGUCCAGGGUAUAGUGUAUGACAUCAAAGAUACAGUCUGUCACUCAAGGAUCAAGGUUACAUCAGUCACUUGGCUACUAGGAUGAAUCACCCCCUCUCUGGCCAAGACUGCUGAUUUCCCCGACUGUCUGUACUGGUGACCUCUGCAGCUGCUGCCUGGACAGUGACUUUAAGGAUCUGGUGACAGGGCUGUGAUGCUAACAGUGCAGCCACUUGUCAGUGCAAGGGUUGCAUGGCUGACAGUUCCCUGCUCGAAAUUCUUAUAUAUUUGGUUGUGAGCCUAGCCUUAAACAGCUGAGCCAUCUCUCCAGCCCUCGAAAUUCUUGUUGACAGUUUUCAGGUUGGUUUUUUGAAGCAGGGAUUCAUUCGGCCCCGGCUGGCUUGUAGCUGAGGAUCCCCACGAAGUCCUGAUGCACCACCCUGGCUGUCUCUACAGCAUUUCAGAGAGCCUUGAAUUUCCUCUAGGAACUCUUAGAGACAAGCUACCUGUUGUAAAUAGUAACAAAGACAGGGUCAUAGGAAACAAGCUGAAAGGGAGAGUUACAGACUCAUGGACAGGAGCAGCCAUGAUGGGGCCUGUGGUGGGAGAGCAUGAAGAGCCACCACGAUGGGGACCCUGAAGGAUAAGAUCCACACCAUGUGACCCAGUCUAUGUGGUGUGAGUCACAAGACAGGAAGGUACUAGAUAAAAGUUGUAAGUCAAGGUUGUCUGGGCAUCAGAGUGUCUGGGCUUUGGCGCUGUAAGGGGUUAGAGAGAGCAGAGCUCUAAGAGCUGUGAGUCUCAGCAGCUCUCUGUAGCUGACCUUGGGAGACUGAGGGCUGUGGCCUCAUUCUGGGGAGAGGCAGCAGCAGUUAGCAGACCUGGCUCUGACACUGCCCUCUGAGUGCUCCUUUGCCGCCCCCUUCGUUCUGCUGGGUUUUCUUUAAACUUUUCUGAGCCCUGGACUCAGGGAGCCCGACUGGCCUCGACCUUGCAGUGUAGCACAGUGGCUCCUCCUGCCUCUACCUCCCCAGAGCUGGGAUUACAGGCAUUGGGGGGGGGGCACAUUUACAUUCGGUGCCGGGGAAUCAAACCCAGGGCUUCAGACAGGUUAAGCAGCACUCCACUACGGAGUUACAGCCCCAGCCCUCCUAUCUUCUAAGAAUAGCCCUGAACCUUUGCUUUCGGGAGUCUGAGCUGUGCUGCCAGUGCUGACUGACGCCAUUCCUGCCAGAGGACCUCUGACCUUAGUGGUCAUUUCCCUUCAUUACCUUUCACCCUUAGGAUCUCCCUUCAGAGAGAAGUCCCAAGUCUCUCCCCUCUGUUUCUUGAGGUAAAUUAUACACUUGGCUUGCCAUCUGUCCUAUGCCCCACCCGUCCCUUCCCCAACACCUGAAGUGCAUACUAAUGUUGCAGAAGCGGGGGUUGGGUUGGUGACGACUUCAUAAUCCCAAGAGAGGAUGUGAAGCAGACUUAGAAGGAAGAUGGUUAUACAGUCACAGAUCCCACCUAGAGAGGGGUUAAUUCAUGGCAGGCAGAGUGGAGGGAGGUCCAGAUUGGAUCAAGUGGUGGAAGAUAAGAAUGAGGGCCAAAACCAGCAUGUGGUGAUGUGGGUCUCUAAUCCCAACAAGUGGGGCAGUGUGUUAGUACUCCCAGCUCUCCUACGGUGAGAGGGCAGGCAGAGAGGAGACGGCCUGCAGAGUGAGGGGGCUCUCUGGAAGCUCAUGGGACAGCUAGCCUGGCAGAUGCAAAGGAAAACAAGAGACCCCACCUCAAGAAAGGUCAAAAACAAGAUCUGGGGCUCAGGGAAGCCCUGUGGCACACAUCCAUCCACUAUGUCAUGUAUCGGUUGGACACAUACAUACAUACAUACAUACACACACACGCGCGUGCGCGCGCGCACACACACACACACGCACGCAUGCACACACACAGAACGAUUAAAAAGAAUGAGAAUGGGCAGAUUCUGUGGGAGAGAGAGCCUUUAAUGGCAUUUCAUGGUCUCGUGUAGGAUAACAAAGGACUCACUGUGUCCCCAGAGAAGACACCUCCUGGUCCAGCAACCCUGCCCGCAGGAGAGCAGGACCGAGUACCAACUGCCCUUCAUGUGCUUUGGCAGAGGAACGCCCAGCUUCCUGCACACUAGGUAGCACUCUGCCGAUUGCACUCGUUCCUCAGACCUAAUGCCCUUUCUAUAAAUGUUUUAUCACAGUCCUCUCCUGUGUCGGCACUGGGCAUGCAGGCCUCAGUGCACAGGUGGAGAUCAGAGGACAACUUGGAGGAGUUAACUUGUUCUAAUGUAUGGGUCUUGGGGAUAGAACUUGGGUCAUCACAGUUUACCCAUUGAGCCAUCCUUCUGGCCCCUAGGAUCCUUUCUUAAUAACCCCUCAUCUUUUUUUUGAGAAGGCUUAUUGGUGUGACAGAUAGUGACCAAGCCAUCAGGUCCUAUGACCUCUGAAUCCUGUGGUCAAGUCUGUUGCCAGCCCCCCACCCCCUAAGAGGAUCCUAACUCAAAGAGGAGAAUUCCCAGUAGUCUCCGAGUUUCUUUCAUCUAUUUCUUGAGGUGAGUUAAGACUUUUGGCUUAUCAUCUGUCCUGUGUCCUCACGGCUGCUUUCCUAGACACUUGUACUUAUUAAGGAUGCAGACAUUGAAGGUGGGGUAGUAAAGCUCUUAUAGCCCCAGGAGGGGACCCGAAGGAAACUUGGAAGGAAGAUGGUUCUACAGUCACAGAUCCUACCCAGAGAGGGGGGUGUCCCAUGGCUAGGCAGGGCCAGGGUGAGCACCAAGUCUGUCUGACGUAGAACACAGGUUGAUGGGAGAACGCUCAGUGUGCAGGUGCAGUCUCAGCACUCAGGAGCUUGGCACAGGAGAAUCACAAGUUCAAGGUCAGUAGGCUACGUGGAAAGUUGCAGAGUAGCCCAAGCUCUUAAAACAAAGAAGUCGAAUGUGGAGGAAAGUCUGAGGUAGAGACUUUGCUGGCAUUUCUAAGGGAAGGGCAAACCUGGGCACAGCAAGGUGCUCAGCGUUGGCAAACUAGAAUAGUUCAGUGGGUUUGGGUACAGAAGUGGUGGCUCAUCGCCUGAUACCUGGCUCUGGGUGAGUUAGGAGAAGAGAAAAACUGGUCUGAGUGUGAGACUUAAAUCAGGAAGUUGUCAGGAAUACAGACCCAGGACUGGUUAGUUUGUUCAAGAUAGCCACGCUCCUGGUAGAGAACGUUUUUGUGGCCCCAAACGAUGACCCAUCCUAACCGUAAACCUCCCCCAAGCCUUCAUGCCUCAGGAAAUGUCAAAACAUCCUAAGAUACAGAAAGUAAAUUGGGUAUGGUUUUAGACACCUGAAAACCCAGCACUCUAGAGGCCAGGAGGCUUGCUGUCACUCAGCUGGGUUAGAAAGUAAGAUCCUGUCUCAAAAUACAAAACAGAGCUGCGCAUGGUGGCACAUGCCUAUAAUCCCAGCACUCCGGAGCUGAGGCCAUGUGCCUGCCCGUUAGUCCAAAGCUAGGCCGGAAGAUGUGAGUUUCAGGUCAUCCAAGGACACCUAAAAAAAAGAAAAGAAAAGAAGGGGGAGAGAUUUGACAAUAAAAGUUAACUGGGUGUGUAGUUUUGUGUUUACCUAUAAUACUAGUAUGCAGAGGCUCAGUCUAGAAGAUCAUGAGAUCAUUAGUUUGUCCAUUGUCUCAUAGUCUUAGCCCAGACUGGAUAGACGUUACCAUGUAAGCCAGAGGCUGUGGCCUCAAAUAAAAUCCUCUUGCCUCAGUGCUCUAACUGCUGGGACUUCAGACUUGAGAUAGACACCACUCUAAACUGGGAUUUCAAGCUCGAGGCCACCUUGAGGUAUGGAUUGAGACUGUUUUAAACAAUUAUCACUCCCAUGCCAUCUGCCUGCAAUUACCCAUGAGGAGGAGGCACACUGGACAAGUCCAAGGCUUCUUUCCAGAGGUCACUUCAGUUAUUAAAAUGCCGACCUGUGCUUACAGCUACUCAGGAGGCUGAGGCAGGAGGAUCACUUGAGCUCAGACAUUUCAAACUAGCCUGAGCAACAGAAUGAUUUUAAAAAUCACUUUUAAAAAGGCCAGGGUGGGGGGUUGGGGAUUUAGCUCAGUGGUAGAGCGCUUGCCUAGCAAGCGCAAGGCCCUGAGUUUGGUCCCCAGCUCCUAAAAAAAGAGAGAAAAAAAAAAAAAAAAGGCCAGGGUGGUUCACUAGGAGGCUGGGGCAUGAGGCCUGCUGAGGGCAAGACCAGCUAUGGCUAAAUUCCAGGCUAGCCUUGUCUACACUGUGAGGCCCUGUCUCAAAAACUGAGUGCGCCUGCAAUGUGGCUUAGUUGAUAGUGUACCUCGAUGCAGGAAACCCUGGGUUCAAUCCCCAGCACCACAUAAACAGGGCACGGUGGUGCGCUGAUGAGAUCCCAGAACUCAGGAGACAGAAGCAGGGGCGUCUGGAGCUCAGUCAUCCCUGCUUGCACAGCAAGUUCCAGCCUGGCACAGACCAUCAGUAAUAGUAAAAGUGAAUAAAACCACCCUAUUUACCAAAGACAGUGCUGAGCAAAGGAACAAUGCCGGAGCUAUGGCCAUAUUUCAAGAUAUCUUACUAAGAUACAAACAGGAACAAACAGCAUGGCACCUGCCCUAGGCAGGCACUUAGAUAACAGACUGGGAUAGAGACUCCGAUAUCAACACUCAGAACAAGUCACCUCAUCUUCGGCAUAGGUGUCUAAUAUACACUGGAGAGAAGACUGUCUCUUACAGCAGUGUUGGGAAAACAUGAAGACAAGUGAAAGUAGGCCUGUACCUUCUCUCCCUGGUGAUGGGAGAGCCUAACGUAAGACAAGCUCUGAAAGUGUCAGGAAGUAGGACACAGACUCUAAGCCACAGACAAGGCCUUCCUGAAGAGAACCUCGAUCACUCAGAGACACUGCUCCCAAGUCGCAGAAUGGCAUAAAACCAAAAGCAACAUUGGAAUGAAGACACCGAUUGCCAAAAGGGUUAGAAUCUUUGCUGCAGUCCCGCCUGGGAUUUGGAUCUACGAUCAAUGCAAUUAAUUCAGAAAACCCAAUUGUCUAAUGAGUUCCAAUGAGCUGAUCAGCCAGUUCUGAAAAGAUAGAGAUAACCAAUAGACUUGAAAAGUGUUCAAAAUCAUGAGCCAUCUGAGAAUUCGACUCAAAACCACGCUGGAUGGCUGUGGGUCUGGCUCAGUACAGUGGUUACCUAAGCCAUGAGUCUGAGUGCCACAGACAUCUAGGUGAACGAGUAAGUUGGCCACUGGAACUGGCUAAUGCCCACCUUCUGUAUCCAGAUCCUAUAUAAAAUGUAGGUUUCCCUCAUGGCACAGCAAGGACAAACUCUAAAGCAACGAUGAUCUGUAAUCUAUGUCCCCAUUAGUGCUUAUCGAUUGUCUGGUCUCCUCUAAAACCAACAACACACCCUAAAAUGGGUCAUUCCAUCUCCCUCCUUGUAGACUUAAGAUCAGCCCUCCCAAGGCUGGGGAUGUGGCUGAAUGGUACGGGACUUGCCUGGUGUGCAGGAGACCCUGGCUUUGACUGCUAGCAUCGCAAGUUCAGCUCUAUAAAUUACUAGAAGUCAGGAGUGUCAAAAGAAAACUCAGGUAGCUACUACAGUCAUGAUUGGGUAUUUACAUAAGGUUAUUAACUAACCACUACACACAGAUAGUACCACUCAUAAAACUGUAUGUAUUUGGAAGCAGGGAGACCAAUAAACAUACGUGUGUUAUGUAAGGUACCAUAUACUGACUUUCCUUAUUCAUGUUCCUUUUUUAUAUUCUUUCAUUUCCCUACCAGUUCUGGGCACUUUGUAGAUAGUAAUUCAAUGAGAGCUUGAGAAGUGGAGGUAGCUAGCCUUCAGGACAGCUCCCAGUAAUCUCUUUUGGUUUCCAUACUCAUUCAAAGGUCCCUUCCCCCUAACGAGAACAGUCUGUGUGAUCCCUGUCACGGAGAAUAUUACGUGACUUUAAGGUGGCGAUCACCUUGUCACCUCUCAUCUCUGUGUUGGGGUUGGGGGUGGAACGCACCACUGCACACAGAUCUUUUACUUUUAAAACUCUUAAGUAAGUGUUUAGGGGUAACUUGUGACAUAGGAAGAAGUAAAGAUGAAUUAAACUAAAAUGUUAUAUUGGGGGAAGACUGGCCAAUAAAAGUUUUGUUAAUUUGACUAGCUACCAAGCAAUGCUUGUGAUGACAUCAAGAUUUGCUUCAUAGGUUAUGGCCUAUGCUGUGAUAGACAGCCCGGGCUGGUCUAGAACACACAGAUUAGUUCAGGCUAACCUCUAAGUCAGUGAUCCUUCUGCCUCAGUCUCCCAAGUGCUGGGAUUACAGGAGUGUACCACCACACCUGGCUUGCCUUCAUUUCCCCAAAGGUGAAUGGUUAAGGAAUCCUCACUGAAACUGACUCUUGUUAUUCCUUGGUUCAACUAAGACAUCUCACAUGGUGAUUUCCACAGUUACUGUCAAUCCUUUUAGCCUUGAGGUCUCAAUGUCAAGAGGCAAACAUAUUGUUAUAAGGAUUCUUUUGUCAUAAUAUAGAGUCACAAAACUGUCAGGUGCCAGACUUUUGCCAAAGCCUGGCUAAAAGUAUGUAGUCACGCAGAGUGACUCAUCCCUCUCUCUCUCUCUCUCUCUCUCUCUCUCUCUCUCUCUCUCACACACACACACACACACACACACACACACACACACACACACACACACACAUACACUGGGGUGGUAAAGGCUGGGGACUACCUCAAGUCUGAGGUCACUAAGGACUAUAUAGCCAAGAGUGAGGCCAGCUGGGCUACAUAAUAAAUGGCCUCCCCAAAUUAAAAGGAUGGGGUAUGGUGGGCAUGUUGGGAGUAUAAUCCCAGCACUAGAAAGGCAAAUUUGUGAGUCCUGAGGGAGAGGGAGGUGAGUGUGCUUUAAAUCAGACUUUGAAAAAUGGCAGUUGCUAGCCUUAAGAUGGUGCCUACCAAUAGUUAACUCCUGGCUGCCCCACCCUUGCCAAGCUUCCUCAAACUCUGUUGAGAUUGGUCUGGGUGGUGGAGGCCACAGAAUGAAAACUGCAUAACUUUAAGAUAAGUUCAAGACAUCAGAGAAGAUAUCUUGUCCCUUGCAUUUGUGUUUUAAGGGAAGAAAAAAAAAUCACACUGAUAUUUGAACUUUCAGAGACUUUAAAAGCAUUUGUUAAGGGGUAAUUUGUGACCCAGGAAGAAUAAAUAAAAAAGUUAAAUUAUAUAUCUCAAGCAUCAUGUUGGGGUGAGAUCUGGCCAGUAAAAUUUUUGUUUACUUGGUACCAGGCAACACUUGUGAUGUCAUCAGGAUUAGAACCCUCACUGGGUAGGUCCUCAGCGACACAGUGACAGUUAGCUCACAUUCGGCUGACGUAGCAGGUGAGCACACCUACUUUUUGCUCUCUCCUCCUCCUUUUGAUUCGGUGGCACUGGGAGUCAAACCCAGGGCCUGGCCUGACCUAGACAAGCAGUGUACAACCGAGCCACACCCUAGCCACUUCUGUUGUGGUUUUUCUAAAAAUAUUUUUCCUCUUUUCAGUUUUCUGGCACAAGGUAUCACUCCAUAGCUCAGGCUGGUCUAGAAUACACAGCAUAGUCAGUCGAGAGUAGCCUCUAAGUCUGUGAUCCUUCUGCCUCAGUCUCCCAAGUGCUGGGAUUACAGGAGUGUACCACCACCACAUCUGGCUUGCCUUUCUUCACUUCCCCAACAGUGAAUGGCUAAGGGAUCCUCACUGAAAGUGACUCUUGCUGUUCCUUGGUUCAACUAAGACAUCUCACAUGGUGAUUUCCACAGCUAUCUUGUUGGUAUUUGUGGACAGUAGGAACUCUGAUCCUUGUGAUUAAUUCCGUUACUGGACAUACGCCAAGAAGAUCUCCCCUACGGUAGAUUUCUCCAGAACCUCCAAGUUAUCUUUAUCCAUAGCUUAAGGAGGUGUGCCGGGGCAGUAAGGACCUAGGCCAUCAGGUCCUAGGACCUCUGGCCCUCUGGGUCAAGUCCAUUCCCACCCCGCCACUAACUGGAGCUCCCCUGUAGGAGGAGACUUCUACAAACCUCCCAAGUUACUUCCCAUUUCUUGAGGAGGCCCAUUGGUGUGCCUGGCCAGUGGGAACCUAGACCAUCAGCUCCGAAGACCGCUGACGCUCUUGGUCAGGUUUACUACAGGCUUCCCCACACCCAUUGGAACUCCCCUGCCGGAGACUUCUUCAAGCCCCCCACCCCCCACCAAGUUCCUCCCCCUAUUUCUUGAGAGACUCAUUGGUGUACCUAUACAGAGGGAAUCGAGGUCAUCAAGCCCCAGGACCUCUGACCCUUUGGGUCAAGUCCCCCUCCUAUUGGAGAGCCCCUUCAGGUGCAGAAUUCUCCGAGUCUCCCAAGUUACAUUCCUUAUUCCUGAGGCCAGUAGGGCCCUAUAUCAGCAGGUUUCAGGACCUGUGACCCUUGGGGUCAAGUCCUCUGCCAGAUCCCCACCAGUUGGAGUUCCCCUCUUCAAGUCUCCAAGUUAUUUUCCAUACUUUUUGAGGAGGCUUAUUAGUGAGGUCAGCCUAUAGAGACCAAGGUCACCAGGUCCCAAGACCUCUCUCUGACUCGAGGGGAAAUCUUCCUAGUUGAGGAGAAUUCAUCUCCCAUAUUACUUCCUUUAAUUCUUGAGGACACUCAUUGGUGAAGGCAGGCCUUAGGACCAACACCAUCAGGGCCUAAGACCUCUGACCCUCACUCAGGGUUAAGUCUAUUCUGGGCCUCCAACCAAUUGGCUCUCUCCAGUUGAGGAGAAUUCUCAACCCUCCUAUAUUACCACCUCCAGUUCUUGAGGGUUGAAAAAUGACCAUAGUUGACAAAACUGAACCUUCAGACCCAUCAACCUGUCAGAACCAGCCUGGCAGUUCUGAGGCGGUCUCACCUGAAGACAUGGACACAGGCUCUGCCAGCUGGGGUGCCGUGUCUUCCAUAAGUGAUGUCUCAAAUCAUACACUUUCAUUGGGGCCGGUGCCUGGUGCUGUAGUUUACAAUAACUCGUCUGUACCUGAGAAAUCAAAACCAUCACCACCAAAGGAUCAAGUCCUAGGUGAUGGCAUUGCUCCUCCUCAAAAGGUCCUAUUUCCAUCUGAAAAGAUUUGUCUUAAGUGGCAACAAAGUCAUCGAGUUGGCGCUGGGCUGCAGAAUUUGGGCAAUACCUGUUUUGCCAAUGCUGCGUUGCAAUGUCUGACUUACACACCACCCCUCGCCAACUACAUGCUAUCCCAUGAACACUCCAAGACAUGCCAUGCAGAAGGAUUCUGUAUGAUGUGCACAAUGCAGACGCACAUUACCCAGGCACUUAGCAACCCUGGGGAUGUUAUCAAGCCCAUGUUCGUCAUCAAUGAAAUGCGGCGUAUAGCUAGACAUUUCCGUUUUGGUAACCAAGAAGAUGCCCAUGAAUUUCUUCAGUACACGGUCGAUGCCAUGCAGAAAGCAUGUUUAAAUGGCAGCAAUAAAUUAGACAGACAUACCCAGGCCACCACCCUGGUCUGCCAGAUAUUUGGAGGCUACCUAAGAUCCCGAGUCAAGUGUUUAAAUUGCAAGGGUGUUUCAGACACCUUUGAUCCAUACCUGGACAUAACACUGGAGAUUAAGGCUGCACAGAGCGUUACCAAGGCGCUGGAACAGUUCGUGAAGCCAGAACAACUGGAUGGAGAAAACUCCUACAAAUGUAGCAAGUGCAAAAAGAUGGUUCCAGCUUCAAAGAGAUUCACCAUCCAUAGGUCCUCUAAUGUUCUUACCAUUUCACUGAAACGGUUUGCCAACUUUACCGGUGGAAAAAUUGCUAAGGACGUGAAAUAUCCCGAGUACCUUGAUAUCCGGCCCUAUAUGUCUCAGCCCAACGGAGAGCCCAUCAUUUAUGUUUUGUAUGCUGUGCUGGUGCACACCGGUUUUAACUGUCAUGCUGGCCACUACUUUUGCUACAUCAAGGCUAGCAAUGGCCUCUGGUAUCAGAUGAAUGACUCUAUCGUGUCCACCAGUGAUAUUAGAUCGGUGCUUAACCAGCAGGCUUACGUGCUCUUUUAUAUCAGGUCCCAUGAUGUGAAAAAUGGAGGGGAGACCACUCAUCCUGCCCAUAGCCCUGGCCAGUCCUCCCCCCGGCCAGGGAUCAGUCAGCGUGUAGUCAACAGCAAGCAGGCGGCGCCAGGAUUCAUCGGGCCGCAGCUGCCUCCCCAUGUGAUGAAGAACACACCACACUUGAAUGGCACCACGCCGGUGAAAGACACACCAAGCAGUUCUGUUUCAAGCCCUAACGGAAACACCAGCGUCAAUAGGGCCAGUCCUGCUACGGCUUCGACGUCUGUGCAGAACUGGUCUGUUAACAGGCCCUCAGUUAUUCCGGAACACCCUAAGAAACAAAAAAUUACUAUCAGUAUUCACAACAAGUUGCCUGUUCGUCAAGGUCAGGCACAGCUGAAUAACAACCUCCAUGGCCCUUGUCUGGAGGCCCCUAGCAAGGCGGCCCCCUCCUCCACCAUCACUAACCCUUCUGCAAUACAGUCUACCUCGAAUGCACCCACGACAUCAGUUUCCCCAAGUGAGUCCUGUCCCAAGCCCAUGGUGAAUGGCAAGGCUAAAGUGGGCUCCAGUGUGCUCGUCCCCUAUGGGGCUGAGUCCUCAGAGGAGUCUGAUGAGGAGUCCAAGGGCCUGGCCAAGGAGAACGGUGUGGACAUGAUGACCAGCACUCAGUCCAGUAGACCAGAAACCGCAGAUGAGGACGGUGAGGCUUCCCCUCAUGAGCUUCAAGAGUCCGUCAUGCUAAAUGGUGCUAAUAGCGCAGACAGUGACUCGAGAGAGAGCAGCCUGGCAUUUGACAGUGCCAGCUGCCAGGUCCAGCCCGAUCUACACACAGAAAACCUCUUUAACAAACUCAAUGGUCUUCCUGGAAAGGUGACGCCCGCUCCAUUGCAGUCUGUUCCUGAAGACAAAAUCCUUGAGACUUUCAAGCUUACCAACCAGGCAAAAGGUCCAGCGGUUGAAGAGAGUUGGACUACAACAGGGGGAAGCUCUCCAAGGGCCUCUGUUUCACAGCCGGAGCCCAUCACCGAUGAGACCAGUCCCCUUGAGAUACCGGAGGCAGUCACCAACGGGAGCAUGAAGACCCCUUCCACCACGUCACCUCUGGAGCCCACCAUCAGCUGUACCAAAGAAGACUCUUCCGUCGUCGUCGUCUCAGCAGAACCUAUGGAGGUUUUGCCUUCCGUCCCUGCUCUCUGUAACAGCACCGGUACUACCUUGGGGGAUGCCCCAGUGCCCGAAUCGUGUGACCCUGGAGACUUGACUGCCAACCCGAGCCAACCAUCGCAAGCGGUGAAGGGUGAUCCAGCUGAGAACUCUGAGAACUCCACCUUGGCUGAAGUGGUGGAGAGGCUGAGCCCUGCUCCCUCUGUGCUCACAGGGGACGGGUGUGAGCAGAAACUCUUCCUUUACCUCAGUACAGAGGGGUCCGAGGAGGCAGAAGACUCCUCCAGGAGCUCGGCAGUCUCUGCUGACACGGUGCCCCCUCAGCCUGACAGGACCACCAGCUCCUGUGCAGGGGCUGCCGAGCAGGCUGCCGGGGAUAGAGGCGAUGGAGGCAGUGUGGGACCCAAAGCUCAGGAGCCCUCCCCGGCCAAGGAAAAGAUGAACAGCCUUCGGAAAGUGGAUCGAGGACACUAUCGGAGCCGGAGAGACCGGUCCUCCAGUGGGGAGCACGUGAGGGACAGCAGGGCCCGACCAGAGGACCAUCACCAUAAGAAGCGGCGCUGCUACAGCCGAGAGCGGCCCAAGCAGGAGCGCCACCCUGCUAACACAUACUGCAAUGGGGGCCAGCACCUGGGCCACGGCGACAGAGCCAGCCCCGAGCGCCGCUCCCUGAGCAGGUACAGCCACCAUCACUCACGGGUUAGGAGUGGCCUGGAGCAGGACUGGAGCCGGUACCACCACUCGGAAAAUGAGCCUGCCUGGGCCAGGGAGAGGUUCUACCCGGACAAGAUGCGCUGGGACAAGUGUAGGUAUUACCACGACAGGUACACUACGACCCUGUACACGGCCCGGGAGGCAGCCCGCGAGUGGCGGCCUCUACAUGGUCGUGAGCAUGAACGCCUUGUCCAGUCUGGACGGCCACACAAGGACAGCUACUGGGGCCGCAAGGGCUGGGACCUACAAUCCCGGGGGAAGGAACGGCCCCACUUCCAUAGCCCACGAGAGGCCCCUGGCCUUGCUGUACCCCUCGAGAGGCAUCUCCAAGAGAAGGCUGCGCUGAGUGUGCAGGACAGCAGCCACAGUCUCCCUGAGCGCUUUCAUGAACACGAAAGUGUCAAGUUGAGGAAAAGGAGGUAUGAGACUCUAGACAAUAAUGACGACCAUCCAGAAAAGAAAGUCCACAAAAGCCUGGAGAAGGACGCGCUAGAAGAGCCAAGGGCAAAGAAGCACAAAAAAUCUAAAAAGAAAAAGAAGUCCAAAGAUAAACACCGGGCUCGGGAUAGCAGGCACCAGCAAGAAUCCGACUUUUCAGGAGCAUACUCUGAUGCUGACCUCCAUAGACACCGGAAGAAAAAGAAGAAAAAGAAAAGGCAUUCAAGGAAGUCGGAGGACUUUAUAAAAGAUGUUGAGAUGCAUUUACCGAAGCUCUCGAGCUAUGAGGCCGUUGGCCAUUUCCGGAGAACAGAGGGCACCUUUCUACUGGCUGAUGGUCUGCCUGUGGAAGACAGCGGCCCUUUCCGGGAGAAAACGAAGCAUUUAAGGAUGGAAAGCCGGCCUGACAGAUGUCAUCUGUCAGAGUAUGGCCAGGGUAACUAAAAACCCUUGGCUUUAUAACCACAAAAUUACGAGUCAACAUUUUCAACAGAAGCCAUCCCCAACCCAGCUUAAAUUAUAAACAUAGAAAAUAACUUUGUCCAAACUGCGUGGUGCUUCUUUAGUAAAUACUGUACAGAUUUUACCAUGGACAACUUUUUUCCUUUUUUUUUUCUUUUUCUUUUUUUUUUUUUCAGUUUUUACCUUUUCUUAAUUGCCCUUAUUCCAAAUGGAUACUUUGUACACUGCUGAACGUUGUAAAUUACCGUGUACAUAAACCACACUGACAAUAUCGCCCUGGAAUAGACCAUCUCAAUGCUGCUUAACCACAGACUCAGGUGACUACUUGUAUCUCAUGUAAUGUCCCUCCACGCUAGACACCUGGUGCACGGCCAGCUGGGAACCAUGGACUUCACAAGGACAAGCGACAGUGCGUCUAUUUAAUUUAAAGACUUAUUUAAAGACCCAAGCUCUCAGCGAGACCUUCGAGGGCUUCCUCUGCAAUGUCUGAUACUAGAAACUAAUUUGCUUCACAUUUUAGUUGUAUUCAAGAUUUGAAGAUGUGUUUUAUAGACAAGUUCUGUUUUUGAACUUUGUGGAACUAUUCCAAUCAACUUACCAGUUAUGAUGAGUAUUUGCAUUAUGAAUGUAUAAUCCAGACAUUAUUUGUAAAGCCUACAGUAUGUUUUUUUUACCUAACACUUUUUAUACUGUGUCUCGUCUCGACAAUAUGAUGUUGGAGUCUGAGUCGUCAGCUUGAUCCCUUCAAGUUUCUAGUUACAGACAAAAAUCAUACUGUGAUUUUAUUUUUAAUAUGGAUAUGCUAUAAAACUGUGACACUUAUAAUUCACUGGUCCUGCAUCAGGAGACGGGAGUGGGGAGAAGACUGUAUUUAAUACAGUGUGUAUCUGAAUAAUCUGUAUGGUUUAUAUACAGUUUGUGUUGUUCAGAGAUGUCUAAAGUUGAUCUUUGUUUUUUUAAGAUUAAAAAAAGCACUUGCCCCACUGUAUAUAUACGGCAUGUAAGAUUUAUAUAGUAUAUAAAUGGCAGCAGAUUAAACAACUCAGUCUCCGCUUCA